UUCGGACUGGGGAGGAUGAGCAGCAAGCACUCUGCACGGAUGAGUUCAGCGACAUCUCCCCUCUCACGGGGGGCAAUGUAGCGUUCUCAACACUGGAGGGGCGUCCCAGCGCCUACAACUUUGACAACAGCCCUGUGCUACAGGAAUGGGUGACGGCUACAGAUAUUAGAGUGACCCUCAAUCGUCUGAACACAUUUGGAGAUGAAGUUUUCAAUGACCCAAAAGUUCUCAAGUCUUAUUACUAUGCGAUUUCUGAUUUUGCGGUGGGUGGUAGGUGCAAAUGUAAUGGACAUGCAAGUGAGUGCAUGAAGAACGAGCUUGGAAAACUGAUCUGCAACUGCAAGCACAACACCUUUGGGGUUGACUGUGAAAAGUGUCUGCCUUUCUUCAAUGACCGACCGUGGAGGAGAGCAACAGCAGAGAGCGCCAAUGAAUGCUUGCCUUGUGACUGCAACGGGCGGUCACAGGAGUGCUACUUUGACCCUGAGCUGUACCGCUCGACGGGCCACGGGGGCCACUGCAUGGGCUGCUCCGAUAACACCGAUGGUGCCCACUGCGAAAGGUGCAGGGACAGCUUCUAUCGCCUGGGGAGCGAGGAGGGAUGUCUGCCCUGCAGCUGCAACCCGGUUGGCUCCCUCAGCACACAGUGCGACAGCUAUGGCCAGUGCAGCUGCAAACCCGGUGUGAUGGGUGAGAAGUGUGACCGGUGCCAGCCAGGUUUCCACUCCCUCUCCGAAGCUGGGUGCAGGUAAGGGGGACUGCUGCCCUGUUCUUGUAAUCUGGCUGGCAGCACAGGGGAAUGCAAUGUUGAGACAGGACGGUGCACGUGCAAGGACAAUGUUGAAGGCUUCCACUGCGAGAGAUGCAAACCUGGAUUUUUCCAUCUGGAUUCCUCCAGUCCAAGGGGUUGUACCCCCUGCUUCUGUUUCGGACACUCUUCAGUCUGCACCAAUGCAGUCGGCUACAGUAUCUACAGCAUCACUUCCAGCUUCCAGUUUGGAGAGGAUGAGUGGCGUGCUGAGCAGCGUGAUGGAUCAGAAGUCUUACUCCAGUGGAGUGCGGAAACCCAGGAUAUCUCUGUUAUCUCGGACAGCUACUUCCCUAUGUAUUUUGUUGCACCACGCAAGUUCUUGGGCAACCAAGUUUUGAGUUACGGACAAAACCUGACCUUCUCCUUCCGAGUGGACAGACGAGACACGCGCCUCUCCGCAGAGGACCUGGUGCUGGAAGGGGCUGGACUGAGAGUGUCAGUGCCACUCAUUGCGCAGGGCAACUCCUACCCCAGUGAGAACGCAGUGGCCUACACCUUCAGGUUACACGAGGCUACAGAUUACCCGUGGAGGCCUACUCUUACAGCAUUUGACUUCCAGAAGCUUCUCCACAACUUGACUUCCAUCAAGAUCCGUGGGACGUACAGUGAGAGAAGUGCUGGCCACUUGGAUGAUGUUACCAUCACAAGUGCUCGCCCUGGACCUGGCAUGCCCGCGGCCUGGGUGGAGAGCUGCUCCUGUCCGGCGGGGUACGAGGGGCAAUUUUGUGAGCGCUGCUCCUCUGGAUACCGUCGAGAGACACCGAGCCUCGGGCCCUACAGCCCCUGCGUGCCUUGUGCUUGCAACGGGCACAGCGAGACAUGUGAGCCUGAGACGGGCAUGUGCAAUUGCAGAGAUAACACAGCGGGGUCUCACUGUGAGAAGUGCAGUGAUGGGUAUUACGGAGAUGCGACAGCCGGCACAACCUCGGACUGCCAGCCCUGCCCGUGCCCAGGCAGCUCGAGCUGUGCCAUCGUGCCCCGCACGAAGGAGGUUGUGUGCACCAGCUGCCAGGCCGGCACUACAGGCAAGAGGUGUGAGCUGUGUGAUGAUGCCUAUUUCGGUGACCCGCUGGGUGAAAACGGUGCUGUGAGGCCUUGCCGCCUCUGCCAGUGUAAUGACAACAUUGAUCCCAACGCCGUGGGGAACUGUGAUCGCCAGACGGGCGAGUGCCUCAAAUGCAUCUACAACACCGCCGGCUUCUACUGCGACCGCUGCAAAGACGGCUUCUUUGGGAACCCCUUGGCCCCUGAUCCUGCUGACAAGUGCAGAGCUUGUCACUGCAAUCCCUAUGGCACUGUGAAUCAGCAGACGAGUUGCAAUCAAGUGACCGGGCAGUGUGAGUGCCUGUCUCACGUCACCGGGAGGGACUGCAGUGCCUGUGAGCCUGGCUUCUUCAACCUCCAGAGCGGACGCGGCUGUGAGAGGUGCAGCUGCCACGCGCUGGGCUCCACCAACGGCCAGUGUGACAUCCGAACCGGGCAGUGCGAGUGCCAGCCUGGCGUUGCCGGCCAGCGUUGCGACAGAUGCGAGGUCAACCACUUCGGCUUUGGCUCCGAAGGGUGUAAACCUUGUGACUGUGAUCCCGAAGGUUCGCUCUCCCUGCAGUGCGGGGAGAAUGGUCGCUGCGAGUGCAAGGAAGGCUUUGUGGGGAGCCGCUGUGACCAGUGUGAAGAGAACUAUUUCUACAACCGCUCAUGGCCAGGCUGCCAAGAGUGUCCAGCCUGUUACAGAUUAGUGAAAGAUAAGGUCACAGAGCAACGAGAGAGGUUGCGGGAGCUGGAAAAUCUUAUAGCAAAUCUGGGAACGGGAGAAGAAACUAUAACCGAUCAAGCCUUUGAAGAGAGGUUGAAACAGGCAGAAAGAGAUGUUAUGGAGUUGCUCCAGGAAGCACAAGACAGCAAAGAUGUAGAUCAGGGCCUCAUGGACCGUCUCAAAGACAUCAACAGCACGCUAGCGAGUCAGCUGAACAGGCUGAGGAACAUCCAGGGCACGGUGUGGGAGACGGAGAAGCUGGCGGAGCAAGCCCGGGUGCGGGUGGAGGACACAGAGGACCUGAUCAGCUUGGCUUCUGAUAUGCUUGAGAAGGCAAAGAUGGCAGCUGACAACGUGUCCAUUACACCUCCGGAGUCAAGCGGGGACCCGAACAACAUGACUCUAUUGGCAGAAGAGGCCCGUAAGCUGGCUGAAAGACACAAAAAAGAAGCUGAUGAGAUUGUUCGCAUAGCCAAGGCAGCAAAUGAUACUUCCACAGAAGCGUAUCAGCUGCUGCUGAAGACUCUGGCUGGAGAAAACCAAACUGCAAAUGACAUUGAUGAGCUCAAUCAGAAGUAUAAUCAAGCAAGGAACAUUUCUCGAGACCUAGAGAAACAAGCCAACAAGGUGCUUGCGGAGGCAGAGGAAGCUGGAAACAAGGCUCUGCAGAUCUACGCUAAUCUUACCAGUCUGCCUACUGUGGAUUCCACAGGUCUAGAGAAUGAAGCAAAUAAGAUCAAGAAGGAAGCAGAGGAGUUAGAUCAGCUAAUUGCCAGGAAGCUGAAAGAUUAUGAGGACUUGAGAGAAGACAUGAAAGGAAAGGAGCUAGAAGUAAAGAACCUCUUGGAGAAAGGGAAGACGGAGCAGCAGACUGCAGACCAGCUCCUGGCUCGAGCAGAUGCAGCGAAAGCCCUGGCUGAAGAAGCUGCUCGGAAGGGCAAUGGCACACUACAGGAGGCUAAUACCAUUCUCAGCAACCUGAAAGAUUUUGAUAAGCGGGUGAAUGAUAACAAGACAGCAGCGGAGGAGGCACUGAAAAAGAUUCCUGCCAUUACCCGGACCAUUGCUGAAGCCAACAAUAAGACGCGCCAGGCAGAGCUGGCACUUGGCAAUGCCGCUGCUGAUGCCCGCGAAGCCAAGACUAAAGCAGAUGACGCUGAGAAAAUUGCUGGUUCUGUUCAGAAGAGUGCUGCUGCUACCAAAGCUGAAGCUGACAAGACUUUUGCUGAUGUGACAGGGCUGGCCAGAGAAGUGGAUGACAUGAUGAAGCAACUACAAGAUGCAGAAAAAGAGCUGAAGCGGAAGCAGGAUGAUGCUGAGCAGGAUAUGAUGAUGGCAGGCAUGGCCUCGCAGGCUGCGCAGGAGGCAGAAGACAACGCAAGAAAAGCUAAGAACUCUGUGAACAGCUUGCUUGCCGUCAUUAAUGACCUGCUGGAUCAGUUGGGGCAACUGGAGACGGUGGACUUGAACAAACUGAAUGAGAUCGAGAGCACCCUGAACAGUGCCAAAGACCAGAUGAAAGAUAGCGACCUGGACCAGAAAGUGUCUUUCCUUGAGAGAGAAGCCAGGAAGCAAGAUGAUGCGAUACAGGCCUACAACAGGGACAUUGAAGAAAUCCUGAAGGACAUUAGCAACCUGGAAGACAUCAAGAAGACCUUGCCGUCUGGCUGUUUUAACACCCCGUCCAUUGAGAAACCCUAAGGGUGUGCUGGGGUGGGGGGUAUUCCCCUGGUGAGCGGUGGAGCGGUGGUUUGGCUAUGGAGUGCCUUAACACACAUUACCUUCUUCAGAUCCCCAACUCUUUGCUGCUCGCAGCCACUGUUUUCUUUUCAAAUCAGGAUAAGUUGAAAGUUUUUUUGUUUUUUGUUUUUUUUAAAGAAAGCAAAUUAAAUAUCCGUCUUUGGGCAUCAGAGGGGUUUUUUAUAUAAAUUGUCUUCCUGAGCACUCCACCUUUGCCCCUCUCUCAGACGCAGUUUCCCUUUGAUCAGUGCAAGGAUGAGAGAUGCUCUGGACUCUGUACUGUGGUUCAGAAAUAACCAUGUGAGCUGUAUACAGUAAGGCAAAACUAACCCUACUCUCUCUCCUCUCUUCUCCCCUUGACUGUUAAAAUCCUUGGUCCCAGAGCUCUCUGUCCCUAUGAAGGAAGGGGAUGGCUACCAAAGUAUUACUGUAAUGGCCAGUAUAGCUGCACUCAUUCAGAUCCCUCUUCCCAACUUCUGACCCUGUGAAUUUUAAUUUUAUUUUCUUUUAAUCAUUAACUAGUGGCCAAUCCGACAGCCUUGGUAGCC